AUGAGAUCUGCAGCAGUAUAAUGUAUUUUCUUUAUGAUUGAUGAUGUUACAGAUUGAUCAAAGCAUGAAACUGUACAUGAAUGGCAAGGUGAAUCAGGGUUCCACCUGUCUGGAGGCUUGCUGGGAUCUGAUUGGCUGGUUCGUGAAAUGUGGGCGGGCUUGAACGGGGAUGAUUGGGAAGCGUGCAAUUGCAGAACAAGACUUCUAUAAGCAGACUGAUAACAGAUAUCUUGCUCAAUGCUUAUGUAAACUUUCCAACACCAUAGACACAUCAGCUUUUAGGCUAUAAUUUAUAUUCAUGAUUUUCCCCCAACCUCAAAAUUUUCAUCAUUUUACUACCAUUUAAGUGUUUGCCAGCACUGGAGGAACAUUGCUUUUCAAAGAUGCGGUUCAUUUUAUUAUUGUGUGCACUUGUUAAAGCUUUCCAUGCAGACUUCUCGGAAAUAGGAUCUGGCGCUCCGGACUCAGAGGGGUUUGACACACAUCUGAAUCUCUUCACACAAAGAGUGGAUUUACUUGAGCAGCUCUCAGGCUUAGUACCAACCAGCAGGAACGUGACCUUUUAUGAGGACGACCGGGGAUGUCCAGUGCUGGACAUUGGCCUGUAUUCCACACUUACUAUGCCCACCCAGGAAGCAUUUGGAUCAAGCUUUGCAGAUGAAUUCAGUGUACUGAUUCAGUUGCAGAGCUCACAGGAAGAGGACCGGAGUGUGUUGACUUUGCUGAACUUCUAUAAUCACAUUUUACUCCAGAUCCGUAUAGGUCCACACAGCAUCACCUUCAUCACCACACAGCACCGUGACUAUGAGUUUUCAGUGUCAGGACUGUCUGACUCGCAGUGGCACUGGAUCUCGGUUGGGGUUGCAUUUGAAUGGCUGGCUGUCUAUGUGGACUGUGUGCUGGUGGAGAAAGUGAGCUGGAUGUACCCGUACAUGAGUAUCACUACAGAUGGCUUGCUGAUGGUGGGGGGAAUCCUGGAGGGAUUUGAGACACCUUUUGAGGGAGAGUUGAGACAGAUGACCUUCAUAAUGGGAGAUGCAAAUGCAGCCAAGGAUCAUUGUGUUCUUCAUCAGCACUUGUGUGAACCAAUGAAAGGACGCAGCUUUCUAAAGACAGAAAGUAGCACUGAGAACUACAGUGUCUCUUCUAAGAAUGAAGAUCUUCAUAGUAAAUGGGAAAUUUCAUCUUAUCUGAACAGAACUUCAAAGCAUUCACUCCGUGGUUUUGUAGUGGUGGACGAGUCUGACCUUCUCACGUCUCCCGCCAUCAGCACACAUAGCAGGUAUAAGGACACCAGGGACAAAAAGAUCCAGUCCACCACCUCUCAAAAACUGAAAGCAGAUUUUGGUGCAGGCCAUCUUGAGCGGCUCCCUUUGAAGCCCUCUAGGGACAUUGCUGACCUGGAUUCUAUUUUGAAUGUGAAGACAUCAGCUGGUCAAAAAGAUCUUGUCUGGCCUACAGUCCAUCCUGAGUUAAACCAGCUGACUGAAGAAGGUUUCUUACUUCCUUCGAAGAGCUUCGAUUUAGUUAAAAAGCCUUUGGUCAGUGUUCACUCAAUAAAAGGAUAUGAAUCACUUGUAGGAAAUGGACAAGCUGACUACAAGCACUCAAGCAAGAAAAGAGUUGCAUUUAAACAUGGUGAUGUUAUAUUAGGCAUGGAUGGAAGGAGAUACCAGCUCCUCAGUGGACCUCCAGGGCCUGUUGGACCACCAGGCAAAAGAGGGUGUGCAGGGAAAAGGGGCUAUAUUGGAUACAAGGGUGUUAAGGGUUCUCAAGGAGUCCGAGGAGCAGAUGGGCCAAGGGGCAUAUCAGGACCUCCAGGUCCACCAGGACUCCCAGUCCUCUACCUUUGGAGGAACACAGAGGAGGAUUGGGCUGCAUUUAGGAGAACAUCUUAUUACCAGUUGCUGGCAGCUGGAUGGCCAAGACAGACAGGACACCCUGGACCAGUGGGUGAGAUGGGGAGACCAGGUUUACCUGGGUUACCUGGAGACCCAGGUCAGACAGGACCACCAGGCCGAAGAGGCGAAAUGGGUGGCAUUGGACCAAAGGGUGUUCGAGGCAGAGCAGGGACUCAAGGAAGAGAAGGAGAGAAAGGUCCAGAUGGGGUGACAGGAUCUCCAGGUGUCCCUGGCCUACAGGGUCCUCAUGGUUACAAAGGUGACACAGCGCCCCCUGGUGAGAAAGGAGAUGAGGGUUUUCCUGGUGCUCCUGGGCCCAGAGGAGAUGAAGGACAGACUGGCCAGAAGGGCUCAAAAGGAGAAAUUGGGUUUACUGGAUUUUCUGGUCCUCCAGGACCAGUUGGUUUACAAGGUGUUCAAGGGAUUCCUGGACCACCUGGUCCUAAGGGGGAUCCAGGAAAUGAUGAAAAACGUGGUCCUCCAGGGACAGUAGGAGCACCAGGUGCUACAGGAUUGGUGGGUGCACAAGGUGUUAAUGGCUCAGAAGGGGAUAUUGGACCUGCUGGUCCUGUGGGGCGGAAAGGCCCUCAGGGGCCUAGAGGGAUCGAGGGAGAUAGAGGCCCACCUGGUCAUUCAGGAUCACAGGGACUUCAAGGUCAGGCUGGUCCACAGGGUCUCAAAGGUGACAUAGGGCCAGAGGGUCCAGCAGGUAUCAGAGGGCUACAAGGCGUUGAAGGGCCCAUGGGUGCAAGUGGAGAUCCAGGUCCAAAAUGCUUUCCAGGUGUCACAGGCAGUAGGGGACCAGAUGGAGAGAAGGGUGACAGAGGACCCAAGGGGAAAAAGGGACCAAAAGGAGCACCAGGGAUCAUGGGUCCUCAGGGUGAGAGGGGCCAGCCAGGUCUCCACGGCUUACCUGGUGUUAAAGGUCAGCCAGGUGCUCCAGGUCGCCAGGGUAUAGAUGGUGAAGUGGGUCCUCAGGGAACAAUUGGAAAAGAGGGUCAAAAGGGCAGUAGGGGUGAACCUGGGGAUAAUGGAAGAACAGGACUCAGAGGAUCAAGAGGUCGAGCAGGCCAACAUGGUCCCCCUGGUGUACCUGGAAUAGUGGGUUUUAGAGGUCCAGUUGGUGCAGAGGGACCAGAAGGAAAGCCUGGUACACAGGGUGUUUCUGGUUCUGUUGGAAGCCCAGGGGAUAAAGGACUUGAUGGCUUCAAGGGCAUGAUUGGAGAAGCAGGACAACAAGGCCCCCCAGGCUCACAGGGCCCAUCUGGGCGACCAGGCCAGGAUGGCAUCCAAGGCCCUCCCGGUGAGAAGGGCUUUACUGGAAAACCAGGCAUUGCAGGUGCUCAAGGGCCUGUAGGCAUGUAUGGUUAUCCAGGAGCCACAGGCCUUCGUGGACAGCUAGGCCACAUUGGAGAGAGGGGAGAACCUGGCAUCAGGGGACCUCUGGGUCCACCAGGGCAAAGAGGGCCACCUGGUUUAUCAGGCCCACCUGGUGAGAGGGGCCCACGUGGACCACCGGGUCACCAAGGGGAAAUAGGACCUGCUGGCUUUCAAGGACUGCCUGGGCCCUCUGGACUGCCAGGGACUGAAGGUGUAGCUGGUAAGCCAGGCUCCUCAGGGAGCCAGGGACCUCGGGGGCCACAGGGAAAACAAGGACCAAUUGGAUUGCCAGGUUCACUGGGAACAAGUGGAAUGUUUGGUCAAGCAGGAGAGAAAGGAGGGCAGGGUUUGCGAGGCCCUUCAGGUGACCCUGGAUCUGUAGGAUUGGAUGGACCACAGGGCCAUCCUGGUCCAGUUGGUUUUGAGGGUCCAAUAGGGCCAAAAGGGGAACAUGGAUCACCUGGACCCAUUGGUAGGCCUGGUCCAAAUGGACCUCCGGGAGAACAGGGGCCUCAGGGCUCUCAUGGAAUGCAGGGCGCACCAGGACCACAUGGUAAAGAGGGAGGUAUUGGACCUCCAGGUGAUAUUGGAGAGCCUGGGCCUAAAGGACAAAAGGGUGACCCUGGACAUCGGGGGUUCUCUGGAGGCCAAGGCCCAUCUGGAUUUUUGGGGGACAGAGGAGAUCGAGGAGUGAGGGGGAAUAAAGGCUACAUUGGUCUACAAGGUCAGAAUGGAUUGAUGGGAAAGACUGGUCCAUCUGGUUUGAUGGGUCUAGAGGGUUUGAUAGGCCUUCGGGGACCACCAGGACAAAAUGGUUCACCAGGCCCAAAGGGGGAAACUGGAUCAGCUGGGGUGCCAGGCCAUCCAGGAGAUCAAGGCAGUCGGGGAAUAGCUGGGCAGAGAGGCUUACAAGGGGUUAUGGGGAAGGUCGGAACUCAGGGAGCUGUGGGUCUCAGAGGCCCUGAGGGCUUAUUGGGUCCAAAGGGUAUGCCAGGACAAGAGGGACCUAAAGGUGAACCAGGAAGACAAGGACCUCCAGGGCAGAUGGGACCACCGGGCCUCCCUGGCACUAAAGGACCCACAGCAUUACCAGGAAAGGAGGGACUUCCGGGGGAAAUGGGAGCUCAGGGCCCUGUUGGCCCACCAGGGCCACAAGGUCCAAAUGGUAAAUCUGGGCCUCAUGGAAGGGAUGGACCGAAAGGUCAGAAGGGAAAUGAUGGUCUAGAUGGACCUCCUGGAAAAACUGGGCGUGCAGGGGAGAGAGGGAAAAAAGGAAAAGCUGGUCAGAGGGGUCUCAGAGGACCUAGAGGGGAGAAGGGCAAACAAGGAGCAAUGGGAAAGACUGGACCUCCUGGCAAACCAGGACAAUAUGGUUUACCAGGCAUUCGAGGCAAGAAAGGAGAGAGUGGAAAAAAAGGCUUUGAGGGAGAGAAGGGGGAACUUGGACCACAUGGUCCUCCAGGGGGAGAUGGACUGAAGGGGGGACAGGGCCUACCUGGGGAAAAAGGGAGACAGGGGUUGAAGGGAAAGCAGGGUGAUAUUGGCCCAACAGGUCAAAGAGGGACUCCUGGUCUACCAGGGAUGCCUGGCCUGUUUGGAGAAAAGGGUUUAAAAGGAUAUUCAGGACUUACUGGUCCAAAAGGAAAGAGAGGACCUCCUGGUCCACCAGGCCUCCCAGGUCCACCGGGCUUCUCUCUGAACCUAACACUGACUCAGCUAAAAGACCUCACAUAUUUCUCCAACAAGUCCAACUAUCCACUUGUUAAGACCCUGCUGGACUCCCUUCAGCAAGACCUGCGAUUCUUCAUAGAUCCUCCAGAUGGCACUAAGGAGCAUCCGGCCACCACCUGCUUGGAACUGAUGAUCAGUCAUCCUAACUUAACCAGUGGAAUGUAUUAUAUCGACCCAAAUCAGGGCAGUCCUGCUGAUGCUUUGCUGGUUUAUUGUAACUUCAGUGCAGGUGGACAAACAUGUUUCCCACCCCUGCACCCACAGAUCCCCGUGAAAUCAUGGCUUAAAGACACCAUGCCGGACUCAUUUACAUGGUUGAGCACUAUAGAUGGCGGCUUUCAGUUUGAUUACAUGGAAACUGGUGUGGUACAAAUGAGAUUCCUACGACUCAACAGCAAGUUUGUGAAGCAGAACAUCACAUUUUCAUGCCAGCCAAACAGCCACCAGGGCUCCAAUGAAAGAGACAUCAAGUUCCUUGCAGAUUCUAGAAGACAGAGCUUCUUGGCAACAUUACUGGAUUGUGAACCUGUAGGGUCACCGGAUACAGGCCCUCGGGAAUCUGUGUUCCAGUUUGAGACUGAAGACCUGGAGCUUUUACCAAUCAGAGAUCUGGCUUUAUUUGGCCACAGUGACACAACAGAACAGUUUCAGUUUACUGCAGGACAUGUCUGCUUCAACUAAAACACAAACACUCAAUGAGGACUACCCUUACUGAGUAGCUCUCUGCUGAGAAAAGCAGAGCCAAGAGCAAUUAUCAAAAACAAAUCAGGACUUUCUUUCCUCUACUGUUCUCCGUCUGCUGUGGGAAUGGAGGUUCCUAAUGAAGUUUUCACCUUCAGUUUACAGUGUACUUUCAGUACAGUAAACUGAUUUGUUGUCUAGUGGCGACAGCAAUCUGGUGCGCAGCUUCUCAUGAGGAGAUGUAAUAUAUUGUUGUAUAUUGUUUACAAUGCUUGUUUUCUGUUAAAUAACUGAUUAUUUAUAUAAUGCCAGGAUGUUACUUGUCACGUCUUAAGAACAAUUUGCUUCCACAAACCCUGAUUUCCUCAAAAAAAAAAAAAAAAAUGUAAUUAAGGUUUUUUUUUUUUUGCACCUUAUGACAAAGAGCACUGUGAUAUACAUUACUGUACAUGGCCAAAAGAGUCUGAAUACUUUAACACCACACUUGUAUGUGCUUGAUGAACAUUUCAUUUUAAGUUUGUCCACUAUAUACUGCUGUAACCAGUUCUGUUCUUCUUGGAAGGGUUUUGAACCUGGAUGGUCAUGUGAUGUAUGUGGCACUCAAAUCAACUAUUAUAUAAACGAUGUGCCUCAGAUAUAUAUCAGACACUGCAUGUGAAGUCUAAUAACAUGAUUUAAUUAGUACAAAGAAUAUUUUUGGUCAAAACAGUUGCUCUUGGACCAUUGUUUUUAUGGUGGAUCCAGUGGAAUUUACUAUACGUUAAUUAACAUAAUGACAAUUUAACUCAUUGUAAAAGUAGCUCAUAGCAAUCUGUUUUAAUAACAAACUGAUUUCAUUCCAAA